GGCGGCCAGGUGCGCCCGAGAUGGCUCCGCGCCCGGGGCCGGGGCUGUCGCCGCCGCUACUGUCGCUGCUGCUCCUGGGGCCGCUGGGCCCCCUGUGCCCGCGCGCCCAGGACGCCGUGGAGCUGGCCUUCCUCACCGAGCAGCCGCUACGCCUGCUGAGCCCCGCCUUCCUGUCCUUGACCAUCGACGCCAACCUGGCCACCGACCCGCGCUUCCUCGCUUUCCUGGGUUCUCCAAAGCUUCGUACCUUGGCCAGAGGUUUGUCUCCUGCGUACCUGAGGUUUGGUGGCACUAAGACAGACUUUCUAAUUUUCGAUCCCAGGAAGGAACCAACUUUUGAAGAGAGAAGUUACUGGCAAUCUCAAGUCAACCAGGAUAUUUGCAAAUCUGGACCCAUCCCUUCUGAGGUGCAGAAGAAGUUAGAGCUGGAAUGGCCCUUCCAGGAGCAGCUGCUACUCAGAGAACAGUAUCAGAAAAAGUUCAAGAACAGCACCUACUCACGAAGCUCAGUGGAUAUGCUGUACACUUUUGCAAAUUGCUCAGGACUGGACUUGAUCUUUGGUCUAAAUGCAUUACUAAGAACAGCAGAUUUGCAGUGGAACAGUUCUAACGCUCAGCUGCUCCUGGACUACUGCUCUUCCAAGAAUUAUAACAUUUCUUGGGAACUAGGCAAUGAACCUAACAGUUUCCGGAAGAAGUCUGGUAUUUUCAUCGAUGGAUUUCAGUUAGGAGAAGAUUUUAUUGAAUUGCAUAAACUUCUAAGAAAGUCCACUUACAAAAAUGCAAAGCUCUACGGUCCCGAUGUCGGUCAGCCUCGGGGAAAGACUGUUAAGAUGCUCAAGAGAUUCCUGGAGGCUGGGGGAGGUGUGAUUGAUUCAGUUACAUGGCAUCACUACUAUUUGAAUGGACGACUUGCUACCAAAGAAGAUUUUCUCAACCCUGAUGUGUUGGACACUUUUAUUUCAUCUGUGCAAAAAAUUUUUCAGGUGGUGGAGGAGACGAGGCCCAGCAAGAAGGUCUGGCUGGGAGAGACGAGCUCUGCGUACGGGGGCGGGGCGCCCUUGCUCUCCAACACCUUUGCAGCUGGCUUCAUGUGGCUGGACAAACUGGGCCUGUCGGCCCGGAUGGGCAUCGAAGUGGUGAUGCGGCAGGUGUUCUUUGGAGCCGGAAACUACCACCUAGUGGAUGAGAACUUCGAACCUUUACCUGAUUACUGGCUCUCUUUUCUGUUCAAGAAAUUGGUGGGCACCCGUGUGUUCAUGGCGAGUGUGAAAGGUCGAGCCGGAAGCAAACUUCGCGUGUACCUUCAUUGCACAAACAUCAACCAAAGCCCAAGGUAUAAAGAAGGAGAUUUAACUCUGUAUGCCAUAAACCUCCACAAUGUCACCAAGCACUUGCAGUUACCCUAUUAUUUAUUUAACAAGCAAGUGGAUAAAUACCUUGUAAAACCUUCAGGACUUGACGGAUUACUUUCCAAGUCUGUCCAGCUCAAUGGUCAAACUCUGAGGAUGGUGGAUGAUCAAACCCUGCCCGCUCUGACGGAAAAACCUCUCCGCCCAGGAAGUUCCCUGGGCUUGCCAGCUUUCUCCUAUGGAUUUUUUGUGAUAAGGAAUGCCAAAGUUGCUGCUUGCAUCUGAAAACAAAAGGCAUACACUAGCUCUGAGACUGAAUUUUUCAAAUGUAUUGAUAAGAGGAAAGCAACUCAAACUACAGGAAGCAGAUACAUUAUAAUUCAGCUAGUGGGAGCUUCAGAAACAUUGGGACAAUUUCAGUGCUAGAUUUAGCACAGGACUGCGAUCUUUUUAAGUAGAGCACUGCUAACAAUAAUAGCUAAUAAUACCUUGUGCCAGACACUAUUCUUAGCACUUUGCAUGUACUAUUUUCAUCUAUGAAUGAUGCCAAUAUGGUCAAGGGGCAAGAAAGUGAAGGAUAUAGUAUAAGUUUUAACAAAGUGCUUAGUUGUUUUUAUUCUUAAAAACAGGUAUUAGAAGAUUGUCCGAUUCUUUCCUUCGUGGGCCAGCUCUAUGUGUCCCCAUCGGGAAAAGUUGACUGCUACAACCUUGAAACUGUGAAAGGUGCAAAUAGAUAGAAGAAAAACUGUCUAUCGCACCUAAACAGAGAGUGAGACCCAGCUGCUGCUUUUCUUCCCUCUGUUCUGUUUGUCUUUGUCAGAAAUAAUAUGUGAGAGGACAGGUGAUUAGAUGUGAUAGUGUAAAAAAUGGUUAAUGACAAUUCAGAGGGGAGAGAUCAUGUAAACUUCACAUGGAAUUUUAAAAUGACUGUAAAUGAAAUCGAUUUACUAAAAGGAAAAAUUUUAGAAAACAUCUAUUACAUUAUAACCAUCUGUUCAUGUUUACUUUUUCUCUACCUUUAGUUCUUGUUUCAGUUGGGAAGCUUUUGGCUGCAAGUAACAGAAAAACCCUGAUUCAAAUAGCUUAAACAGUAAGGAGAUUUAUAAUCCCACGUGACAAGAAGUUCAAGUAGGGCAGGCUCCAGCAGCUCCGUAAGUCACCAAGGAUCCAGGUUCUUCCCAUUUCUGCUCUGUUAUCUUUAGUGCUGGCUUGGCUCACGGGCCCUGGUAGCAUGAUGGCUAUAGCUGUUCCACAGACCCAGCCAGACCUGGUAGCAACCAGAGGAAGAGAGUGAGCCAUUGUUUCUGUGUCUCCUUCCCACACUUGAACUCUUCUCAGAGGUCGGCUCAGCAAACCUCUCCUUGAUGCCUCCUCAAGUCUUAUUGGUCAGGAAUGGGUCAUGUGGCCAUUUCCACAAUCACUGCCAACAGCAGUGAGAUUCCUGUCACUGUCUCAGAGUGAUCCUCCUUUGGAGUGGAGAGGGUGUUGGCAAGUCUACAACACUGAACAUUACAGUUCUGUGCUUUUCAUCCGGGGACAGAAUGUGUUAUUUUCCCCUGCCUUUUAAUCCUCUUAAGGAUUAAUAUUCUUUAUAUUUAUGCCUGCUAUGGAUAUUGUCUCAGUUAAAUUUAAGUACAUUUAGAAGGAGCUAAAGCUGGAACUUAAAUUUUGGAUGCUUCAAUUACCCUUAAAUUUUAUAUGUAAGUGGUUUUUAUAUUUUCACAUUUGAAAUAAAGUAAUUUUUAUAACCUCAA